AUGGCGGACCCUUGGGGAAUGAGGUCGACAUUCCGACCAUGUCUGGUUCUAUUGGCGAUGUUGUCAACAAUUCUGCAACCGGGCCUCGCUCAGAUCUGUUCUUUCUGGGAUGGUGGAUGUGUUGAUCCCUAUGCCCAGACAGCAGUUUCCUUCGAUUUUUCUCCUCUCUUCUUGGACGAUCUUACACUAUAUUACGCAUAUGACGCCAACUCUCGGGGUAAGGGUAACGAACCGAUGACUAAAGCUAGUUUUUGGAUGGGAUAUGCAGCACAUCAUGUUGAUAGCUCAGCUAUCACCACAAAUCGCACAUUGGAGGUUGGCUUGCGUGUGGGGAACCUGACAGGUACCCCUUCCGGGGGGACUAAUGGAUGCGACGGUGUUUGGGGACCGCAAUGCUCGAUGAAUCUCAAGGAGACCUUCAAGGAAGCAAUCUAUCAACUCUCCGCCAAGGGAGAAUAUUACACCUUCCCCCUGGAUACUGUGUUACACGAAAUGCUCGUCAACCCUCCCUCUCUUCCCAACUGCCCACCGCCUUUCUUCGAUGUCCAGAGAAUUCCUGUUAAGCGUACGUGA